CCACAUUGCUCAGUCUCAUCGUCUGUCUCUUAAGGAAGCAUGUACGGCAAUGUGGAUUAUGUUCCCCCGGUUCAGCAUGGAGAAGGGUUCCUGAAGAGAAGUCCAUCAGAACAUAGUAACUUAUAUCUACAAGAAGAAAGUAUAUAUGAACCAGUGCGUGGAAGUGAGAAGCCAGACUCUGAGAACUUCUGGAGAUUAUCAUCUGCUGGGAGCAGUGUGGAAGACACUACACUUCAGUGGAACCAAGACCUACCACAACGAAGAAAAACAUGGAUCUCUUCUUUUCAAAGGCAUUGUUGUCAUCAGAAGCACAAGCUCUUGAUUUCUUUUUUCAGUUGUGGCCUUCUACUGAUCUUGAGCAUCCUUAUAUUGGGUUAUUUUAUGUCCAAGUAUUAUGCUAUGGAGACAGAAUUAGAAAUGGUGAAAGAGCAGCAAAGGAGGUAUAUUACAAAGGGUUCCUUCCUCCUGUAUAAUGAGGCCCAUAACAAGUGUGCAGAGGUGCGCUCAUCUUCCUCUAGCCGUAAUCUGUUUGAGCUGACUGCCUCCGUUUGCUCUUCACUUUCCUACUCGCAGUUCUUCCACUGGCUCCCAGGAGGCAGGCUCAUGAGCUCAGAGGAGGGACUAUGUGUAGGGGUGGAGGGAAAGCUUCAGUCUCAGAAGCCUCUAAGGCUUUAUCAAUGUGACACUGACAAUACCUUGAGCUGGGAGUGUAACAACGAUACAACGCUGGGAGUUAAAGGGGAAAAUCUAUUCUUUAACUUUGGGAAUAAUGCAAAAUAUUUGGUUAUGCUUUACUGGGGCAAUGGGGUCUGGAGUCGCUGGAGAGCUCGAAACCUUGAUGGAAAGUUAUUAGAUGGAGGGGCUUGUGCUUAAUGUAGGUCAAAAUAAUUUCAUUAUGGCUAAAAUCUCAGGAGCUCAGCUGUUAAAGGGGUUGUCUCACACUAAGACCAACCCCUUUAGGGAAAGGCAUCUUGCUUUACUGUUUUGGUAAUGAUUAGAGAUGAGCUAAUUUCAUUUUUUUUAUUCGUUCACGCUUUGUUUGGUGGUAAAAAAAGAAUUGCGUUAAGGAUUCCGUUACCACGGACCAUAACACAAUUCUAUGACGGAAUGCAUAAAGGGAUGCCUUUAGAGUGCAUUCCGUUAUUCAUUCCGUCAUAAUAGAAGUCUAUGGGCUGCAAAACGGAUCCGUCCCAUUGCAUUAGAGUCCUCUCCUGAAUAACGGAAACGAGACGGAUCCGUAUUGCAGCCGAUAGACUUCUAAAAGCACUCCGUUAUGCAUUCCGUCAUAGAAUUGCGUUAUGGUCCGUAGUAACGGAAUCCAUAACGCAAUUCUGCUUUUACCACCAAACGAAACGUGAACGAAUUUCAUAACAUGAAAUUCGCUCAUCUCUGGUAAUGACGUCUGCAAUUUGAGUGUUAGAUUUUGUUCCCACUGCCAUCUGUACCUCUGCUUGAAGCUUGGAAACAAUAUGAUGGAAACCACAACAGCACCCGACGGACCCCAUUGAUAUUGCAGCAUUGGAAUAAGGGCUCAUGCACACGACCGUAUUUUCUUUCCACAUCUGUUUGCAGACAGUAUGCGGAACCAUUCAUUUCAAUGGGUCCGCCAAAAAAAACUGAAGUUACUCCGCGUGCGUUUUGUUUAUGCAUGUCUGCAAAAAUAUAGAACAUGUCCUAUUAUUGUCCGCAUUACGGACAAGGAUAGGACUGUUCUAUUAGGGGCCAGCUGUUCCUUUCCAUAGAAGACAGACUGUACACGGACGUCAUCCGUAUUUUUUGCGGACCGCAAAAUACAUGCGGUCGUAUGCAUGAGUCCUAACACAGACCUCCCGGCUUCUGACUGAGGUCACAUCAACCUCUUUCUGGUCCAAAUGCAAACUUAAAGGCUACUGUAUGCAUGGCCGGUAUCAUGCAGAUGAUCCUUUGUCUCAUACCUAUAGCAUAACGUUUCAGCCCAUAAGAGUAUAAGAAAGCCACAAUGGUAGUGUGAACAGCCCUUAGCUGUGCACACUUACUUCUGGGUCUUACCUGUGGCGGUACUAUAGGUGUGCCCAUAAUCUUCUACCUGCUAGUCCUACUGUAAAUAUAUAAUGUACAUAUAAUACAAUCCUAUUCUGUAUAAUGAUAAAUAAUUGUAACAAUAUAAUGCCAUUUUCUGUUACAAAAUUCCAGCUGGACAGUUAUUAGAAUAGUUCAUAUGUUAAACAUUUGAUGGACAUGUACAUUUUAUUAUUUUAGGAGUGCUUUGAAAAUAAAAAAUGAUGAUGUAACUGUGCACGGCGUCUUCAUUAAAGGAUAACUCA